AUGGCAGACGGCGUCAACCUCAAGACCUUUUCUCUUCCAAGGAAGUAUUUACCCGGAACCGAUUUAAUGAGCAAGCUCUUGUUAGCUGAUCAAGAUGUUAUUAAUAUUGUUGUCUCAGCAGUUAUUGGACCAAAGGCAAAAGAUCAAUACAUUGCCAUUCCAACUGAGUGGAUUGAUUUCACUCGCUCUGGUGUCGCGUACGAGCCAAUCAACUGCUCUAAUGACCUACCUCGUAUUCUAAUCGAGAUUCAAAACAAGGCAGAUAUGAAUUUUUAUCAACGACUAAUCGACUACUCGCGUUCGGUUUCUAGACAACAUAAAGCGUCUAAGCUCCCUAUUGUUGUGGCAAUUGUGAUUAAUUCGACAACCAGAUAUCUACUUGAAACUGAAAUACCUGGUUCUCGUAUCCCUUUCGCAAAGCAGCUGUCGAGUAUUGGCUGGGCCAGCUCAUGUCUAUUUUUCAAUGCAGAGACUAUUGCGCCCUAUCUCAGCGAAACCCCGUUAAACCCAUUACUUGCACUUGUUCACUGUCUUAUUGAACAAGAGACAUCACUUAUCAACUUUACACAAUGCAAUGAUCCAACAUUAAUUUGUCUGUAUACCAAAAUGAAAAAUAUACUUGGUAGCCAUAUCCAUGACAACGAAAACUCUAUCCAUGCAUUAAAAAGUGUAUGUGCCCAAUCAAAAUCAGAAUGCUAUAAGGCAAAGGCAGCCCUUGAAAAUCAAGAUCAACCUGUUGGCGUGCGUAUUGAAACAGCCGUAAACAUUUUGAGUAAUGUCAUUGCGUAUGUCGAUGGAAUAGCACAAAAGCGACGCUUAGAGGAUCCAUUAUCCGAUUUCGAAUUUGCUGAGCAACAAGUGGACAAAAACGGACACAUACCAUGGAAAGCUCAAUUCCAACAGUGGAAAAUACUGGGCCGCUUUGAGCAGUAUAAGUCGUACAAAAGUGCUCAAAGUGCUUAUCACCGCGCUAUGAAAAAGCAAAAGCAAAAGCAAAAGCAAAAGCAAAAGCAAAAGCAAAAGCAAAAGCAAAAGCAAAAGCAAAAGCAAAAGCAAAAGCAAAAGCAAAAGCAAAAGCAAAAGCAAAAGCAAAAGCAAAAGCAAAAGCAAAAGCAAAAGCAAAAGCAAAAGCAAAAGCAAAAGCAAAAGCAAAAGCAAAAGCAAAAGCAAAAGCAAAAGCAAAAGCAAACUGAACAACAACAGAGAACACCUGUAGUAGCGUCCUCAUCAUCAUCACCUCCCGGAGCAAGACAGUUAUCAUUUUAA